UCGAAUUAUUACGAUAAUUUCACAUUAGGUAUUUGCAAACCAUGGUUCCUUCUAAUUUUUGUUAUCUGCUGAUUUUGUUUGGUUUUUUGUCGAUUUCUAUUGCUAUUAUUAAUCGUUGAUCAUCAACGAACGACCGUUGAGUGCGUUGUGUAGUCAAUUCAUCUGGAUUCCGAUCAGAGUGACUAAAUUAUUUCAAAUCUAAAGUAACUACUUAUAAUAAUUUGUAAGUGAUUAAAAAAAUAUUAAUUAAUACAUUUUUUUUUGCAUAUUUUAAAGUUUUUAUUCCAUAUUUUUGGCGCAUAAUUAGCGAAAUUAAAGGUAAUAUUAUAGCGCAUAUUUAGCGAUAUUUAAGGUAAUGUUAUAACACAUAUUUAUGCAAUUUUAAGUACUAUAAAAUCCCCACCCUGAUAAUCACUAAUUUCAGAAGUACAUUGUUGGUCUUUACAGCUUCUGUACUAAAAUGUAGUUGUACCUAUUUGUAAUGAUAUGUUCACACAUCAUUAUAAUAAAUAAACUAAAAUCUUACAGAAUAAGAAAUAACAGCCAGACUGUCGUUCGUAGAAAUCAGGCAUCCCUAAUAAAACAAUUGUCACCGACAAAAAGGUCUUUGCCGCCGAACAGAAAUCUAGUUCGGGGAAGUACAAAAACCUUUGACAAAACCACCUACCACUCUCUGGUAGACAUAUCCGUGUCGUCUCUUAAACCAGUGCAUGAGCACCAGCCACCGAGUAACAACCUCUCAAAAUAUCAAUACCGAUUUCAACGAGCGACAACUGGACUUCUUAUGUUAAGCCAAAAUUAGUGCGUUCUUUAUUUCGAUUUGUAUAUUUAAAGUAUUACUUUGUGUCACCUAAAUCUAAAAACUCUUACAACAUAAUUCACGAACAACUGGGAAUCAGGUAAGGCAUUUAAUAUAAUAUUUUACAUUGAUUACAGUAUUACUUUAUAUGUGCAUUUUACAUAAAAUAUAUUGUACGGUGUAUUUGAUCUUAUUCUCGAAUACACGAUCUCGAGAGCCCUCCGAACAUCUGAAGGAAGUAAAAAAAAUGGACACCUUACAGACUUCAUUAUGUGAAAGUGAUUCAAUACAAGUUCUGACAUCCAAAGAAUGUGAACCAACAAAUUUUAAAAAUAACUCUCACUCAGUCAGAAUACUGGAAGACUUACAAUCUCUGCGCAAAAAUGAAGUUUUAUGUGAUAUUAGAUUUGAAACUGAUGAUGGAUGUGCAACGUUUGGUCAUAAAAAUGUUUUAAUGGCAGCUAGUCCAUAUUUCCGUGCAAUAUUCAAAUCGCGAAAAAUUUGUAAAACAGGCAACAGCACCGUUAAUUUGAGAAAAUUAGAUUCUACCGUCUUACAACUAUUAGUAGAUUAUAUUUAUACGGGUGAAAUUAUGGUCACAAAAGAAAAUGUACAGGGUUUGUUACCAGCUGCGAACCUCUUACAGUUAGAUUUUGUAAAUGGCGUAUGUAUUGAGUUUUUACAAAAACAGUUGAAUGCAUCAAACUGUCUUGGUAUCAGAGCGUUUGCUCGUUUACAUAACUGUACGGAAUUGGUAUCGAGUUCUGAAACAUUCAUUAAAAAACAGUUUUUGGAAGUGGUUAAUAGCGAUGAGUUUCUAUCAUUAUCAUCCGAUGAUGUGGUUAAGAUAAUCUCCUUUAAUGACCUUGCUGUUCCAUAUGAAGAAAAAGUAAGUAAACUGCAAUAUUGGUAUUAUAAUUGUAUGGAAAGUAAGUUGAACACAAAGAGUUCUAUAAUAACUAUAAUAUUUUUCUAUGCAUUGGUUGAAAUUGACCAUUCUUGAAUAGUCAUACACAACAAAAAAAUUGUUAUCCUGUGAAUUAGGUAUAUACUUAAUUAUUGAUAGAUGAGUAUAGAUAUUGCAGUGUUAUAGAAAAAUAAGCUUUAAUGCUACGCCCUAUACCUUUAAAUGUUUAUGUAAGUCCAUAAUAAGUUAUACAAUAAGUAAAUUUGAAGUGAUUUGAUAGACGGCGGAGGGGGAAGUCACCCAAUGGCGACACCCGCACCCAAUCUAAAUCGAUUUAACAAGAGAAUUUAAUAUUUAUUAUUAUAAUAAUAAAUCACAUAUAUCGUAUAGUAGAGAUGGAGAAUUUACGUAAAAAACAUCAGUAAAUUUAUCAAUAAUAAGUGGCAAAAACGGUAAAAUAGAAUUUAAGAUUAAAUAAUAAAAUUUCUUAGAGCCAUCUUUUUUCAUCAGUAAAUACGAUUGUUAUUUCUAUUGUUGUAUUUUUGAAUCUUGAUAAAUAUAAUUCUUUCUAAUAGUAACAAUAACGAACUAAAGGUGGGUAAGUGG